AUGUGAUUAAGCUCCUGAGCGUCAUCUCUCCCACAAAGACUGAGGGGUGUCCCUGGUCCAAAAUUGCCACCGGCUGUGGCAAGCCUGCCCGCGUCCUCCACGGGCCGCGAAUCUGCAAUCUCCAAAUGACGGAAAUUGAAUCGGGGCGAACUCUUUAUGCGGCAGCCUCCGCCAACCCCGAUGAAAUUGCCACCCUGGACUUCCUGGACGAAGUCACGGCCGUGGUCUGCAGUACCAAAGGGCAGCUGUUCCUUGCAGACUUCAGGCAACCCCAGGGCCUUCUGGGAGCUCUCGAGGCUCAGACCCCUCGGGCACGGGCAGAGGGGCUAAGCUGGUGUGCAGGAGUUGGCCCUGGAGAGAAGCCCAUAGUUGCCCGCCUCUCAUCGGGAGGCCUUGUUGUGCUGACGGACCUCAGACGCUCCUCCGACCCCCUGAAAAUGGCCCAGUGCUGCAUGCCGACCCCUGCUUUCAGUGGGGCAGGCUUCCUGUCGAUCAGCUUGGCUCCUGGACUGGGGGACUGCCUGGCAGUGUCAGGUUUUGACGGGACCGUUCAGGUCUACAGUACGCACGGCUGGGACUCCUCAGGGCAGGAAGCGAAGCCGGUGUUCAUUCACAAAGGGCACGUCUUCGGCACCCCUGGCAAGGAUGGGGGCAGUCCGAUGGUCACCACCCACAGUUGGCAUCCUUGGAAGCCCCAGGCAUUGCUCUCGGCUGGAAGCGACGGGUCGCUGCAUGUGUGGGACUGGUCUGACCCUCGAGCAAGCGAGCCGUCUGAUCUCACGCCCUCUGUCCCCCCUCCCUCGGGGAGCGUCCCCUGAAGUCCCCUGCCAUCCCGCCCCUCCACAGCACAGCCUGGGAAAGGAGUCCCUAGAUGUAACAGUAUGUGGGAAUGACCCUGGGAGACAGGAGGAAGAGCCGCAGACUAGGCAACGGUCAGCUAAGUGGCAGCUGAGCGCGCAGAAGGAAUGGGGGCAUGGCAAGCGUCUCAGAAGGGACCCUCCCCAGUUUCUUGGCCUGGAAAGGAAAGGGGAGGGGAGAGAUGUUCUUUCAGACUUGCAGGAUUGUUAAUGGAACCCUACCAUAAAGGUUGAGCUAGUACUUCUGGGUGGACUCCUUGUCUGGACUACCUCACAAGGCUGGCAUCAAUCUUGCAAGUCUGAAAGAACAUCUCUCCCCGCCACUUGCCUUUAACAGGCCAAGACCCUGGGGAGGCUCCCUUCUGAGACCUUUGCCUCGUCCCCGUUCCUUCUGCGGACUCAGCGGCCUCUUACCUGAUUUAGUCUGCGGUCCUGCACCACAGGACCAGUGCUGCCUUCUCCCCCCACUCUGACCCCAGUCCAUUCAAGAGCAAUAGCAAAUUUUGCGAAGCGGUUAGCCCAGAUCCAUGGCUGCUGCUUGUCUCACAACCUGGGGGUGUCCAGGAGCAUUGCACGUGUCAGAAAAUGUCCGGAUGGUGUCACAACUGGGUGACCAAAGCCUGGUGGUUUUAAUGCCCUGGUCCUUGUAAAAGGGGUGUGAGGUGGGUCCAGAGUGAUAAGCUGCUUCUCGCUCUGAUCUUUGGAGGUGCUGACUUCUCCUCCACUAUGAUUUUGCUGUGACUUUUUUUUAAACUCUGGGUUUUGCUAAUCUGCCCUUCCAAGUUGUUUCUUCCAGAUCAUGAGAGCUUUUAUGUUCCACGCUAGGAGGGGUUGGUAUUACGUGUCUUCAAUUCCUCGCCUACUGUCUUGCGCUCUUGCCCAACUUUUGGAAAACAACAAAAGAGGCGACGUUUUCAUAAAGUUGCACGGCCUUGUCUCGC